UUUCUUCUUGGGCAUGGGAAAGCAUCAUGGCAUAAAAUUUGCUCUGCGAGCAUCCCACUGACAAGAAAUGCUGUAUUUGAAUCGACAAAGAAAAUUCUAGCAACUAAUGGCUAAAAUGCAUUCUGUCAAUUUUUAUGUAAAGUGGGGAAGCAAUUAUGCCUAUAAAGAACAUACCUCUUGAUUUUAAGCACUGUGAAGAAACCCACCUUUCACUCGACUAAAAAGGGGAUCCAGUCUUUUUGUGGUACUAAACUGGUUCAUCUGCCUCAAGUGUGUAGAGGUUGAAUUUAAAUUUUUUAGCCCAAGGCACAUAAACUGACAGAUACUUGUUUUUGAAGAAUGAAGGGCCUAAAAUUUUGAGACAUAAAAAUUACUGAAUUGAAAAAAAACCCCAAAAUUAAAAUUAAUCCUUUCGUGUUAGCAGUACCCUUUGUAAUAAAAAAAUCUGAUGCUUGCUGCUAGUCAUCCUGAUCCUGCAAAUAAAAAAAUUGUAGCUAACUUUCAAGCUGUUUCCUAAAUUACAGCUGAAAAGCUGUAUUUAAAAGUCAAAAUAUCUUCCAAUACUAUUAUUUCAAUUUCCUUUUGUAGGAUGACACCACAGAUGAUACUAAACCAGGGUUUUGAAUGUUCUUGUUCUGACUGUCCUCAAUGUACUUAUGGUUAGUAAUUAAAAAGCAAAUUGUCCCAUCCCAAUAUUUUUGAGGCAGAUUUUUUGUAUUGGCACAACUAUAAUUUUAAAAGCCUGGUAGAGUCUCAUUAAGCCAGUAUCAUUCCAAGGGUAGGAAAUUUUUCAUAAAAUUAUACUGAACAUUUGCGGUUCAAAUUAUAUUGAACAAGCAGUUCUGGUCACCUGGUUGUGCUGCUUGUCCUCAUUGAAAUUACGUUUUGCACCUAGUUAUAAGUAAUCUUUCCAUGUCUGACACAUUCACUCCUUUUGGUGCUUGCAUUGAAAAUUAAAUUGGCUUGAUCUUCCUGUGACAAAUUUGGGGAGAACAGGAAAUAGAGUUUGCUGGAGAAAGUAAAGGAAACGCCCACAAAUCAUUUAUGUACUUCAUAGGCAAUAUCAAAAUCCUCAUCUUUUUACUUCUGACUGCGAAUAGUUUUCAUUUCUAAAUUUGAGAUUUGAACUAUUCAGAAUUAAGCAGCAAGAGUAAGAUAUCUCCAUGCUAGUGGCUAUCUAUGUCUUAUAUCUAUGGAAUAUAAAUAUUAUUUCUUCUGGUAGUGAAAAGCAAGUGAAGCUGGUAGGUGGCUUUCUGACACACAGAUGAUUAAAAAUAAUAAAGAAUUCAGAAUUCUACCAGAAGGUAGGUGAUAAUUCUGCUUGGGAUGUAAUUUCAGAAAAAAUAUUUAAUACUUCCAGUGUGCAACUUGAAAAUAAUGGGAUAGUUCUUUUAUAUUAGGAAAAGAGAAGACCAGACUUACUGAAGAGACUAUUCCACCUGCUUCUGCUUUGUGAGCUGCUACACUUAGAUUGUAUACUUGGAAUUGUAGGACCAUUUUGGUUGAAAAAGACCUCCAAGAUCAUUGACUCCAACCAUUAACCCAGCACAGCCAAGUCCACCACUGAACCAUGUCCUUAAGUGCCACAUUUAUGUAUCUUUUAAAUACCUUUCUGGCAUGAGGACUGGCACUUCCCCAGGGAGCCUGUGCCAAUGCAUGACAGCCCUUUCAAUGAAGAAGUCUUUCCUAAUAUCCAGGCUAAAUGUGCCCUGGUGCAACUUGACGCUGUUUCCUCUUGUCCUAUUGCUUAUUACUGGGCAGAAGAGACAGAUCCCCACCUUGCUGAAACCUGCUUUCAGGUUGUAGAGAGUGAUAAGAUCACCCCUGAGCCUCCUUUUCUCCAGACUGAACAACCCCAGUUCCCUGAGCUGUUCCACCUAAGACAUGCGCUCCAGACCCUUCAGCAGCUUCACUGCCCUUCUCUGCACACACUCAACACCUCAAUGUCCUUUGUGUGGUGAGGGGCCCAAAAAUGAACCAGGAUUUGAGUACACUUUCACAUGUGUGACUGGUUUGGAUCCCUGGAAUUGUUGAGAGCAGUUAUUCACAUUAGAAUCAAAAUAAAGGAAGGGAAUUGUAAUCCAAAAAGACUUCAGGAUGUGUUUCUUCUUUGCUCUGGGUUCUGAGCAGUCUGUAUUUAUUUUUGCAGCUCAUUGUGUGCGUUUCCAGGUGGGAAGCUCUAAAAUACUUGGUGUCCUUCUACAGUAGAAAAUGCGUGUAAAUCAGGACACGCCCUCUUGCUACUAAGAAAUCCUGCAAGAGAAUCAACUGUGGUGGAAGUGUUUCAGUAAACAAAUUACAAUCAGGGCAACACCUACACUGAAGGCUGACAGAUCCAGCAGCCUUUUCAGGACCAACCAAUCACUUGUCCAUAGCAGCUGGGCACGUCUUACCCUGGUCCCAGUUUCACUCAAUCUGGUAUGAAGAGCAGGAAUGUAUCAGUGUAUCAGCAAUGGUGUGGCCAGCAGGACUAGGGCAGUGAUUGCCCCCCUUUACCUGGCACUGGUAAGGCCACACCUCAUGUACUGUGUUCAGUCUGGGCCCCUUUGAUUCUGGGAGGACACUGAGGUGCUGGAGCACGUCCAGAGAAGAGCAAUAAAGAUGGUGAAGGGUCUAGAGGCAUAGCCGGCUGCAGCCUGCAUGAGAAAUGGGACAAGUGUGCUUAGCUAUGAGUUGGAUCCAUUAUAAUGAGAUUAUCCCAGAGCUACACAGAUCUCAGCAAGAAGCUAUUUUAAGCAAGAAAUAACAGAGAACAAGAGCAGACAGCCACAAAAUAUGUCCAGCUGUCUCCCUCUCUAGAAUUCCAGGGUGGACGGUGUUGCUGUGCUGUGGUUACUUUGAGCCUCAGUGCUCUUUCCACUCUGCCCAUGAGUGCAUCAGCCACCCAACGCUUUGAGCAGCAGCAAGUCUGGCCACAGAGGGCCAGGUGUUCAGCUGGGAAAUCUUGUAUAUCAGUGGGGUACGGUCAGUGCCACCUCCUGCCCGCUUCACACUGACCUGGGACUUGUCCUAAAUCUAUUGGAGCCACAGAAGACUCAGCAGAGAGCCUGGCUUGGCUUCUCAUGGAUUAAACUCCUUCACACCACUGGUCAUGGCUUUGUGGUUGAAAGGAAUAUUUUUUUUGCUGUACGUGCAAAAGUUUUAUACCAUCGAACACUAAGCAAAAAAAAAAGUAACCAUGUUUGGACUCUUUUUUUGCAUUUUAUUCACCCCUGGAGUCAGUGAAUUCAUUUGUACGUCACCAGAUCUUGAAAUGUCCUAUGCUUUUUGUGAUUCUACGGCUCAUGCUUUCAUGUUUAAUCUGACACCUUGCAGCACGAUGAACAAAUCUGUCUGGAAGGCUGCUCUUACCUGGAUUCCAAGAAGUGACAUCCACUUUUUGAAGGUUGUCUUCAAUGUCUGGUAUGAUGGUGCCAAAGCACUCUUCUGGAAAGAACUCCUCUGCAGCGGAGCUGAUGAUGAAUACUCAGUGUGCGGAACACUGAAAGGAGAAACACUUGUAUCAGCAUUUGACAUUAAAGGCUCAAGAAUAAAGUUUCCAAAGGGCUAUUAUAGUGUUGUUGUACAAGGAUUCUCUGAUGAUUCUGAAAACAAUAUGCUCAUAUGCUUGAAUUUUACCAUGAUUGUAAAACAAGAUGCUUUCUGAGUGCCACAAACUUCUCAAAUAAUUCCAGAGCAUGGAGGUCACUUCUGUGAGAAACUGGAAUCCAAGCUGUGAAGUAAUAUGCACACUGAAUUUCCUGAGGCAGAAUACAUCAUGGGCUGUCUGGGAAGCUAUAUGAUGUAUAGUCUUCCUCAUUUGUAGCACAGCCAUAAUCAGUUGCUCAGCCAAUGUGCACAAAAUCUCUGGAGUCAAACAUCCUGAUUAAUCCUCAGAAUUACCUUGACUGGAUGUCAGGCAGGUCCUACAUUUUGGUGCUAUGCCUUGAGUUACAAUAAUGUUGAGUCCUUCAGGCUGAGAUAAAGUAAUCAAGAAGUUUUAAAGUGCAAGAAUCAGAAGUUCAUAAGUAUUCAAUUUAAAAUAACACAGCAAUUGAAUUUGGGAACCCUGCUGUGAGGUCAUGGGGGGGCAGGGGGUUUGGUUUGUUUGGGGUUUUUUUCUUUUUUUGUAACAAUAAAACUUGUUUGUAAAAUCAA